GAGUUUCUGCUGUUUCUUUGGAAACUGUGUAGCCGAGGGCGUUGUGAGCUUUGGCUUCGGAGCGGUACGCGUUUAUCGGUUGCGCCAAAACAGCAGCUGGUGGCCACCGAGGAGGGGAAGUGGGCUGCCUGCUGUCAGGAGCGGGCGACAGAAACUACAACUCCCGGCAUGCCGGGCGGGCCGCGCAUGCGCUGAUGCUGCCCCACCGUGGCGGGCAUGCGCAAUGCCGAUGGCCCGUUCAUAAGGAGCACUAGCAAUAGCCUUCAUGAAUACCGAAGAAGACCAUGUCUAUGAUCCUGUUUGCCUAUGUGGCCCGUGUGACGGAUGGGCUUCCUCUCUCUGCGUCUACAGACUUUGAGUGCAGCAGGGAGCUGCAAGAGUGUAAAAAGCAACUGAAAGUUGUGUCUAAAAUGCUUGGGCAGUUUCCUGGCCGUGGAACCGUGAAGAACAAUCAACUUCAUAUACAUUUUACUUCUUCACAGGGUAUCGCCUACAUGACCAUCUGCUGUAGCUACUACCCCACAACGAUGGCAUUUUGUUUCUUGGAGGAACUUGGAAUGGAGUUUAUCUCUUCCUUCGAGAUCGCUAAAAUUCACAUGGUUUCAAGACCCUACGCUUUUCUUGAAUUUGAUAGUAUAAUACAGAAAAUAAAAUGGCACUAUAACUAUUCAAACCGGCCAUCAAUAAAAAUCAGUGUGACCAACAUCCAGAGAGAGCUAAAGGUGACACCACCCCGCCAAGUAAAUAUGGAUGAUAUCAUAGUUUCCAACGGGACACUGAAUGGACAUCUGCUUUUGCAGUCAAGCCCUGCACCCAGUUACAGACUGGAACCAGUAAGUGCAGUUGGGAUCCUCUCAGUUAUCCUUAAUAUUAUGUGUGGAGCUCUCAACUUGAUCCGUGGAGUUCACCUCAUAGAACACAAUUUUCAGGAUGGUGAUGAAGAAAAGGGUUCAGUUAUUGCAUUUCUUAUAGCUUUUAUAACCUGUGUAUUCCAGUGUUAUCUGUACCUGUUCUUCGUCUCAACACGGAUGAUCAAGGCAGCUGGAGCGUUUAUUCUCAUUUGUAUAUGCAAUUUUUAUUUAUUUGGGCUGAGGAACGUUUGGCAGAUUCUCUUCCACUUAGGGGUGGCCUUCCUCUCCACGCGUCAGAUAUUAUCAAGAAAACUCACUGAGAAACAGCCCGAUUGUGGAGUUUGAUACUCGAGUACCUGGGACCAAGGACUCAUCCGCACUUAUGGAAAGGAAUCAAAACUGAGUGUUCUCAAAUGUGCCUUCAAUAUGUUUAAUAAUAUUGUCCUCAUCACCACAGAAACAAAACUCUUAAGACUUAAAGGAGGGAAGAUAAAUUGGUCCCCAUUCUCAAAUGGAUUUUUUUUAAGGAGGAAAGGAACAUAAUGACUUGUUUACUGUGUGUUACCUUAACAAUACUUAACACUAAUCUACAAGAUCAGCAGUGGAACACUAAAACCAUAAUUCCUGUGGUGCUGAAUGAAGAAGUCAAGAUGACGAGUUAGUUUCCAACGGAAGCAGGUUUACAGGCAGAAAGUCAUUGGACAAGGGAAAUGUGGAUGUAUUCAACCCUUAUCUUAAAGUCAUGAUUCUGCUCUUUUAUAUUUCAGCUAUAAAUUGCUACAUCCAGGUUUGUUUUGGCAAUUGCCUGUGAAAACUUGCCUCACUGUCCCUGGUACAGUGUUACCAGUAAUAGUACUGCAGUGUGACCACUUUGAAGAUGUGUAACUAGAAGAUGAUAGGUUUACAUGUGCGGGCUCCAUUAUAAGUGUGGAUGUUAGCAGCUUCUAAUAGAAAAAGGGAGAAAUGUGUGUAAAUACAUAAGUUUUAUUUAUAAAUGCAAAGAUGGUACUCAUGAUAAAUUGCUCUACAUAACACAAAUGGUGAGUUAAGCAUGUUGUCUACAUGUUAAGUUAGAAAGCCUUUGCCCAGGUAGCUGGAUCUUAAGUUUUUUCACCUCGCAUUUUAGAUGCCAGAUUCAUAUUCAUGUUUAACUGUUUUCAGUGUUGAAAGAUUUUGUCUUAUGCAUCAGGACAGAAUUACAAAAAUACCAGAUCUCACUGGGAGUGACAACUGAUGCUUCAGAAAGCAUUGAAUGGUUGACAAGUGAACUCUGAUUAGUCAAGGCGAAUUAGUCAUGGAGACUGCUUGGAGGAGCAGUUGACUCCCGAACUUUUGUUUAAAUUUACACUAGGCAAAUCAUCUCUGAUUGAUCAAGGCAUUGCUAAGGUGAAUGCACCAGGGGAUAUUGUCUGACAACUUUGCAUUUGGUUCAGAAAGUCUCAGAAGAACAUGUUCUUUCUAUUUCUGAAGGACCAUGCCCCAAGUGUGAAUAUAUGUAGCUUCUAGCAAGAGUAGGUAAGUCGUGUUUCAAAACUUAGAACAUAGUAUCAAACUUUAGAUAUGAUUCCAUACUUGAACAACACUUGCUAAACAACUGUGAUUGUGCUAAGAAUUACGUGAAUGGUCAAUUUAAGAUUAUAUGUUGGGCUCACACUUUGCUGUUCUUUUGAUUCUGUUCUGACAAAUGCAAGACAACAAGUUCCAACAGGGAUGGCUAUUUUUUCCCCUGCAAUAUUCAAGAUUAACAAUCAUUUAUGGGACACAUCAGGGGAUAAGGUGUCAAAGUUUAAUCCAAUAGUUCACAUUUCCAAAUGUAAUUAUACCGUCUGAGAAGAAAGGUGAUGUGAUUUGUCUGAGCUCAUCUGUUUCAGGAGACUGGCCUUUUGUUUAAUUAGGAGGUUGUUCUAACGUCAUGCUGUGUUUUUGCAGCCAAAUUACUUAAUCACCCUCCCUCCUGCAAUAAGGGCACCCAAAUUAUUCUAAUCCAUCUUUUCUGUGCUAUGUGAUGCAGCACAGGUGAGCAUGUUCUGAUGGCGCAGUAAUAUGCUUGUGGAAGAAUGGAAUUUGAUGAACAUAAAGUUACUUUAAUAAACAGUGACUCAAAGACCAUGGAAUAAUUAUGGCACAGAGAAAGGCCAUUCAGACGUCAUGUCUGAGCCGGCUAAAAGGAAUAGAAAUCUCAUGCUUACAUUUGAAUCAUAGAAUUACAUCAGAUGUUACAGAACCCCCAUUACUUGGUAAGUUUGCCUUAUUAUUUCGCAGGGUGAAUUUGUUGGCAAAGGCAGGAGUUCACCUUACACUGGCUGUUGCUCAGAGUUGCACCCUGUUGGGAUGGUGAUUGUAAGAAUUGCAUUGUAAGCCUACAUGAGCUAAAUGGCAGCAGCUCCCUAUUGGUCAUCAGCCAUCAUUGAGUCUUGUCAGUAUUAAGAUCUGCUGACGCAAGCAAUGUCAACCAUUCAACCAUCCAGUAAUCCCAUCCCAAAAUUGAGGCAGAGGUUGUAGGGGAUUUGCUGAACCAUAUAUUGUAAGCAUUGUUUAAUUUAUUUCAUAUUUACAUAGCUGGCAUUAAUUGCCCUUCCCUGGUGUCCAAAGAGGCAAAAGGGGGAUCUGCCUGGACCACUAUAGUCUUUUGAUAAGAUCUUCAUCACAGAGACUGUUAGGUAGAGAUUUCUAGAGCUUUGCACCCAGCAAUGAUGACAUAAUGGUUUUACCCAGAAUUAUCUUAAGGUUAGAUUACUAUUGUUGCUUAUUUUAGUUUCAGUGCACAAAAUGUUGGCUAGAAUUUUAAUUUCUUUUUAUAGCAUGACUUAUUAUUGAAAGAAUUUUUUAACAUGCAUUUUAUUUAUUCUACUUUAAAUGUCAUGUCUUGGCUGACGAUUUCAUGGAAGAGUUGUCUUGUAGAUGUUGCUCAAUGGUUUCCUUCUGUGCUGUUCUAAAAUCACUGUACUUUGCAGAACCUAUUCAUAUUUUGGAACAAAAGGAAUUGUUUUUGUGAAUAAUGUUUUAAACUUGAUUCUCCACUAAGAAUCAUAAGUUUUAAAUGGCAGUUGGUGCCCAUCUAAAGGGACUACUCAAACCUUACACACAACAGGAUCAUAGCAGAGCACAGAAGGAUGGCACUCAGCCCAUCUAACCAGUGCUGCCUCACAGCAGAAGCAAUAUAACCUAGUCACACUCCCCCAUCAUUCCUCUCUAUCUUUGUACGUGCUUUUCCUUGCAUUUUAAACCAUAACCACUAGCUGUGCUUAGAAAAAAAUGAAUUUUGCCACAUGUUGUCAUUCAGUUUGAAGGCAAUAAUUUUUCUCUGUCCACUUUGGUUAGGCCUCUUAUUAUUUAGAACACUUCUAUCAAAUCUUCACAACCUUUUCUGUUACAGGUUUUAUAAUUACAUGAACACUCAUCUAGUGAUUAACCGUCUUUGCCCUAGUAUCCAGGUAAUGUACAAAUCUAACCCGAUGUUCUUCUUCUUCUGGUUCUGAAGACAUUUGACAAGUAAUAGGUUUCAAAGCAGUAUGGAAGUUCUAGUCCCUUGACAUUCAUGCUUGUUGUGCUGGUAUUGGGAGGAAUGCCCACAUUCAGGAUAAUAUAGGUGUGCUAACCUUAAGAGCAAGAGGAAGUGCUCUCAUAUACAGUAUGGCUUUGCACUAAAUAGGCUGUACUGGUCAAAGGGUGGAAUCUUCACUCUGAUACUUAGAUAUCUUGUAGAGGGAGACAAACAAGUGGUGUGGAGAAAGGACAAGUACUAAGAAGAAAAGUCUGUCUCAGACUCUAACAAAAUAGCAGGUCAAACCUUUUGGUGAAAAUGUCCCAACGUCUGUGUAUGCCCCAGCAGUUUACAGCAAGUGCACCUGGGCAGAGAUCUCUGGGCUGGCACUUUUUGUUUUGCUGAGUCAGCGGGUGUUUUGUUGGGGUCUGUGAGGGAGCCAGAGUUAGUGAGAGGUUGUGUAAAAGGUAUUCUAAAUGAACUGUAUUAUUUUGUGAACAGUAUACUGCUGGGGACAAUGGAGGGCUCUUGUGGUGCACUGGUACUGUCCUACCUCUCAGCCAGGAAGCCCAGGCUCAAAUCCUACCUGCUACAGAUGUCUCAUAACAUCUCUGAACCGGUUGGUUAGAAAAUGUCUUCUGAGGGCACAGGUGACCUCAGUGCACAUUUCCUGUCAACCGACUAAAAAUGACUCUGUGAAAUUGUUGCAGUGGGAUUGUUGUGCAACCACAACAACAUAGUUCUGAGGAAGGGCCACUCAUCCUGAAACAUUAAUUCUGAUUUCUCUCCACAGAUGCUGCCUAAUGUGCUGAGCUUUUCCAGCAGUUUGUAUUACUGUUUAUGUUUGAAAGCCUCAUUGCUGAUGAAGUAUAUGUGCACGGGGAAAGGUGUCAUAAGUUUUAAAAAAAAAUCAUUCGUCUUUUAUAUUUAUUUGAUUUAGGUAGGAUAAUCACACCCAAACCCUAAAUAUUGCACGUCAGAGUGACUAUAGCCACCUAAAUAGUUUGAGAGCAAUCCAGUUAAGUUUGUUGACUUGUCUUAAACAUUAAGCUUCAUAAAACAGAGAGACCAGGAAUUUGCCACUUUGAUGUGAGUGGUAAAUGAAACUGCUCAUAUGACAGAGGUUUACUCCCUGGGAUUUCAGGCUUUGGAAGGAUGUUAAGGGGAUUCUUUUUGACUUCGGGCAAUAAAGUGGAUGAUUGUUGCUGAAGAGCCAGUUAUACAUCGCUUCCUGUUUUUUGUUGAUCCAAGUGAAUCUUGACAGAUUGGAUAGCCCCUGCUCUUGUUCCUGUAUGUACAGUGGGACUUGUGUGGAAGACGUAGAUGAAACAAUACUUGAUCAGUUCACAUUUGUGUCAUGAUCCUAAAUUGGCCCUCUUUAUAACCACCUUCAUCAAUUUCAAAAGCACUUUAGGAAAAUUCGUAACUAUUUUCGGGGAAAUGGGAUCACAUUCCAUUUCACUAAGGACCCUGUAGUGUGGCUAAGAUCAUGCUUAUCCAGUGGCCCACUUGCUGUGGUUAAGUGUGGUAGAGAACUUACUUGUGUUUUUCUUGUGACUAUACCUGCAUUCAGAAGAUGUACCAGGAUGGUUGGUUUUCAGGUAGCUGGACAGAUUUUGUAAAGUAUAGAAAAUAUUCUCAUACAUUGACUGCAUGAAUCUGUCAUUUUGCUGUCAAAGUCCCUGCACAGUGCAUAUGUGUGGGAUGGAUUUAGGUCCACUUCUUGAUGAGCAGACUGCCAUUCAUGACCAAAAAUGUCAAGAGUGUUUCUUAAAUUUAGUGCCUCUGCUCCAUAGUUUGAAGUAAUCAAAUUCCCUUGAGUUUAGGCAGUUUUGUGCAACGUGGAGAGAUAUUGAUUGAGUGAGGAAAAGCAAGGAUGAAAUACAGAUAAAGUAAUGGAAGAAAGAACAAACCAGAGGGACUGAUGGCCUACUGCUCCUCCUGUGUUGCUGCAGAGAGGACAUUAAUUCAGUUAGAGCCAUAGAGAUAUACAGCAUGGAAACAGACCCUUCAGUCCAAUUCGUCCAUGUUGACCAUUGAUCCGAACCUAAUCGAGUCCCAUUUGCCAGCACUUGGCCCAUAUCUCUCCAAACCCUUCCUAUUCAUAUAUCCAUACAGAUGCACCUUAAAUAUUGGAAUUGUACCAGCCUUUAUUUCAAUUUUAAUGCCAGCAUUGCAGAUUUCACAAGACAAUGCUUGAUCAUUAUAAUUUCAGAGCUCCCAGACACGGGGAACGUUUUCACAACUUAUUAGUGCAUUGAUAGCUUUUUUUCAAAGAAAGCCUCAACUAGCAAGAGGGGCUUUUCUUUAUUCAGAGCUAGUAUAAUUUAUCUAUGACCAGCUCUUGCUUUGCAUGUUACAUUGAUUGGUCAUUUGUCUACAUGGCCUUUAGAGUCUGCCUUAUACAGUGUCAACGACUGUAGAAUACAAGUCAUGUAGUUAGAAGGGAUGAUAAAAACCCAUUGAUAUUGCUUUGCAUUCUAAUUUCUAGACUCUGUGAGGAGCAGUAUUUUAGCAUGUGUUAAUAACUCAUCUACUUGGGCGGCACAAAAAAUGUAGCUUUGCUACUUUAUGUUAACACAACUGCAGUGAGAUUAUUGGAACAUGUAUUUUCAAGGACAAAUCAGCCUUGAUUUAGAGAUAGCUUUGCCCAUUCCAGUUUCACAUCAGCUUUAUUGUACAACUGCUUUCCUUGCUGUGUAAGAUUUUAAAAAGAGAGGGGAAGAAAUGCACAGGCAUUAAACCAUCUAGCAAAGUUUUAAAUGCCACUUGUUACUAUUUAAUUGUGAACCUUCUUUCCCAUUGCUAAUAUUAAUAUGCAACUAACUUCUGAAUGGCAUUGUGUAGAGCUGUAGACUUGAGUGUGCAGUGUUCUGUUCUGCCUAACUGGAGAUGAGGCACAUGUGGCCAUUGAAGGAAGCUAUCGGUCUCAACCUGUGCCAUGAUAGCUAACCCUCUAACUGAGGGAAUGAUGGGACAGUUGUCUUCAGCUGGAAAACAUGGAGGAAGUUUGGUACCAUCAAAUAUCCUCUAAUCAUUUAUUAGUUUGAGAAGAGCUCUACUUUAAAAAUUCCUUUGGAAUUAUGUCAGACUUUGUAAAAAAAAGCAAAUGUCGUGAUGUAUUUUAUGUGACAGUCAGAGGUACUUUUAAAAUCUUACGGCAUAGAACUAGGCUGUUUGGCCUGUCUUACCUGUGUAGAUCAGUCCUGUGGAAAACUGAAUAAAAUUUCAAAGUAUAGUUAUAAACCUUUACUUCAACUGAAAAGUGUACCUUUCAAAAUGAUCCAUUUUGCACUGUGCUACAAUAACUAAAGGAAAAUGUCUAUCAAUAUUUUAUAUGCUGUGUUUCUCAUUAGUAUCGAUUCUAUUGCAUGUCAAAGGAAAUUUCUUUAUGCAUCGUUGAGGAAAUUACUGAAAAAUAAAGAUCUAUUCUUCAAACA